UCAUUUUUCGUGAUUUCAUUUGCGGCACGAAGUCCACUUCUUGCCAUCACUCGUCGAUGCCUGUCACGUCAUCGGGCCAACAUUAAACGCCAGUUUAAGUAUGUUAGCCUCACAGACGAGCCGUUCGCCCUUGCGUUGCCACCAGGUUUGCAGUCCACCAACCCGGGGGUACCGCCGCCCAUCGACGUGGCGCCUGAGGGGAGCAUACCUUGGUCGUCUCUCGACCUGACCUCGACACUUUUAAUUGAUGCACGGACCCCCAAGGAAUAUGCACUGGAUCACAUCAGGGGGGCCAUAAAUAUACCCGUCUUGUCAGAUCUAGAGAGGUUAGAGAUUGGAAAAAUUUUUACAUCAGGCAACACACUGGAAGCUCGCCUUCGUGGUGCACGUUUUGCGUGCACCAACAUUGCUAAUUACCUUGAGCCCCAGAAGCCCCUCUCCUUACUACUUGACACCAAAGGUCAUUCAGACUCCUCACGACUGUUUCUAGUCUACUGUGCACGCGGGGGUCAAAGGUCAACGGCACUAGCUACCAUCCUUGCUGAAUUAGAUUUGCCGACAUGCGAAGUGGCUUGUCUCGCCGGUGGCUAUCGAGCCUGGCGCCGCGUGCUCCUCAGGCAAUUGGAGGCUUGGCCAACCCUCAUGGAACCCGGUGGACUCUCUGGAACCCUCUGGGUACUAUCCGGUUUAACGGGUUGUGGGAAGACUCUUUUACUUAAUGGACUUGAGGAAGCAGGGGAAAGCACACUCAACUUGGAGGGCAUGGCCAAACACAAAGGCUCAAUGUUCGGUAAAAGCACUUCCGACAAGCAAUUGAAUCAGCGUUCUUUCGAAGCCGUAUUUCACGAUGCGUUAAAACGCUGCCUCGACGCACCCGUGGUCUGGACGGAAUGUGAAUCACGUAAUGUUGGACCGAGCUGCCAGCUAGGUGGAGGUUUUUGGCGUCGAUUACGAGGCACACAGUCUACUGUGCGAGUUUGGCUUGAUGUCCCUAUCCAGGCUCGUGUAUCAUGGAUUCUCGAGGACUAUGCUGAUUGGUUGGAAAAUUCGGAGGCAAGACAGGAGUGGGUAUUCAAGUCACUUGAAACCUACCACGGUAAAAGGCGCCUAGAGUCUUGGCGCACAAUGGCUCGUUCGAGAGACUAUGAUAGUUUGGUUACGGAGCUCCUUGUGUAUCAUUACGACCCCCUCUAUCGAAAGUCACGUGGGCCAAUGUUAAGAACUUUCGCAGACGCUGGUCUUCUUCAUCGGAUCGACUUGCCCCUUAUUGAUCGAAAGUACCUUCGUCGAGAAAUCAUCCCCCGCCUCAUAGAGCUCUCCAGGGGCUCCAACGAUGAAUGCGCCCACCAGAACCCAAUUUUUUAUCCAUUUUAG